AUGAAGCUAGACGACAUAUAUACCGAGAAGCAAUUGAUUUAUAAUAGUCCUAUUUCGGACAUUUGUAAAGCGAAACCAGUAAACAGAGUUAUUGAUAACGAUGAUGAUUCCACUGAUGAUUCUACAUGGGUGUGUUUGAAGAUAGUAGAUGUUGAUUUCAAGAUCCCGCCUCAUUCUAUUCGACGAGAAAUAGAGGCAAUCAAGAGGUUGCAGCCACAUAAAGGGAUAGUGCACUAUAUCAAAGAUUUUCAAAUUAUCGAUGAUGUUAUUCUUGUUGAGAGGUACUAUGCAAUGAAUUUGAGUCAAUUGAUCAAUAGUGAAAGAUACUGCAAGAAGAGGAUAAAGUACAACUUAAAUGAACCUAGUGAACAGCCCAAGUGUGUUUUGACCAAUAUAAUUAAUCCAAUUGAGAUACAACAGUUUUUAACAGUUUUCAUUGAUGCUUUACACUUUAUUCAUGCUAAUGAGAUAAUCCACCGAGAUAUCAAGCCGAGUAAUAUAUUGUUUGCAAGCAAUGAGCUUAAGAAUCCUGUAAUUGCUGAUUUUGGGAUUUGUUAUGACUACAAGUCACCGCCAUUAGAUGAACCGAUUCACGAAAAGUAUAUCGAUGUAUGCACGGGGAUAUAUAAGCUGCCUGAGUUGUUGCUUGGUAUGACCAAUUAUUCGUAUGAGAUUGACGUAUGGUCACUAGGAAUUAUCUUGACAAUUUUGUAUUCAAAGAAUUUCAAGAGUGUAUUGUUGCAAGGAGAGGGCGAGGAAUUGGAUGAGAUGAACAAUGAGUCGAGCAUAAGUGAUUUACAUCUAUUGAGUUGUUUGUUUAAGAAUUUCGGUACGCCUUAUUACGACGAGGGUAAAGAGGAUCUGAAAGCGGACGAGGAGGAUGAGGAGGAGGAGUUGUUAUGGAAGGAAUUAUCUAAUGAUGAAUAUCACUUUAAGAAAUUCAAUUUGAAGAAAUUUAAAAGAAGACCGAUUGAUGAAUUAAUACCAAUUUGUAAUGAUGAUUUGAUCAAAAAGCUAUUUAUAGGAAUGAUUAGAUAUGAUCGUGAAAAGAGAAUUACCAGUAAGGAGUUGUAUGAAGUAAUUAGACACUAG